UAUGAAAUGUAAGCAAAUGAAAUACGUUUCUAUAUAUAAAAAAUGGAAGAAUAUAUUCUGGAUAGCUUACAAAUAACGCGGAGACGAAACAGUGAAGAAACAAAAAAAACACAAGUCAUAUCGUGUUUCGCCGACCGGAGAAAAAUAUCUUUCUUCCGCUUCUUUAUUUUCAACAAGAGUUAUCGUUGGAAUCGGUUAGCCAUGGCUAACGCGGCAUCAGGAAUGGCUGUGCAUGAUGAUUGCAAGCUCAAAUUUUUGGAACUGAAAGCCAAAAGAACAUUCCGUACCAUAGUCUACAAGAUUGAGGACAAGCAAGUGAUUGUGGAGAAACUCGGUGAGCCUGAACAAUCGUACGAUGACUUUGCAGCAAGUCUUCCGGAGAACGAAUGCCGUUAUGCCAUUUAUGACUUCGACUUUGUCACUGAGGAGAACUGCCAGAAGAGCAAGAUUUUCUUCAUCGCAUGGUCUCCUGACACUGCCAAAGUGAGAGAUAAGAUGAUUUACGCAAGCUCUAAGGAUAGGUUCAAGAGAGAACUGGAUGGGAUUCAAGUGGAGCUUCAAGCAACCGAUCCAACCGAGAUGGGUCUUGAUGUUUUCAAGAGCCGCACCAACUAAAGCCUAAACACCCCCCCUGUGAACCGGGGGGACUUGAAUAAAUUUGUUUCUGGAGUGAUUUUAUGUGUCUGUUAACUGUUUCCUCUGACGGUUAUGAAACUUUUAACAUCUUCAUUCGGUUUGGGUAUUGUUAUUGUCUUUCGUGUCUUGAUGAUGUGUUUUCAUCAUCUAUGAACUUGUGAGAUUGUGCUGCCUUGCCUUGUGGUGGUUGGCAAUCUUUUGUGUCAGUUUACUAUCUUUUUUUUUUGACAUGUGUCAGUUUACUAUCUAUGUACAAUACUUUGAAAAAAACAGAUUGGAGUUUAUUGAUU